AGGAACUUAGAAACCUUGAGGUAAAGUAUUUUCAUAAUCUGUGGUGUUACAAAGAAAAAAAAUCACAGGGAAACUACACAGGGACCCUGACAGACAUAUGAAUUUAAGGUCACAAGUUUCCCUAAGGCCUUUGCUUUAUUUUCUCUUUAGCUCAUCUUAAUCAUUAUUUAACUCCAUUUUUCUUUUUGUAUUGUUUAUUGUGUCUCCUAUGCUAGAAUGUUAAGAUACUGAUUUUUGUCUUUUUUUUUUUUUUUCCAUUGAUGUAUACCCAGUGCCAAGAACAGUGCCUGGAGUGUAUUAUGCACUCAAAUAUCUGAAUUAGUUCAAGUAAAACAAUACCCAAAUUUUCAAAUAGUAACAGUACCAAAGUAACCUAACUUGUGAUGAUACUUUAUGGUCAUCUAUUAAAUGUAGCUGAACUAGGAAUUUGAAGUGGGAGAUAAAGAUCUUCUACCAGGAAUUAGGAUCAAGUUCAUCCAUUCCCACUUAAACAGUGGACAAAUAUAGUGAGUUACCUGUAAACACAAUAAAGAUGUUGAAAAGCAUGAACUUAUUUUGAUAUAGUACUGGAAUUUUUAUUUCUGAAUUUUUUAUUCCUAGGUUUAUUGUUUAUGCAAAAAUAGAUAAGUACAUUAUUAAAAUUGAAUUCAAAAUAACUAAUAUAUACAUUUCUUUUUUUACAUGGUUGCCUGGUUUGAAAAAUCCAAGGAGAUUAUUCUGAGUCGAGGAAAUUCAAAAGAUGAAGGUGUUAUAAAUAUGAUAGAAGACUUAUUUGAUCUUUUGAUGGUCAUACAUGACAUCAGUGAUGAAGGUAAAAGGCAAGUAGUGGAAAGCUUCGUACCUCGGAUUUGUGCCCUGGUUAUUGACUCAAGAGCGAAUAUUUAUAUUCAGCAGGAGACGCUUAAAAAAAUGAAUGCUAUGCUUGACAAAAUGCCUCAAGAUGCCAGGAAAAUACUCUCUAACCAAGAAAUGUUAAUUCUCAUGAGUAGUAUGGGACAAAGGAUUUUAGAUGCUGGAGAUUAUGAUUUACAAGUAGGUAUCAUAGAAGCUUUAUGUAGAAUGACCACAGAAAAGCAAAGACGAGAACUGGCAUGUCAGUGGUUUUCAAUGGAUUUUAUCGCUAAUGCAUUUAAAGGAAUUAAAGACUCUGAAUUUGAAACAGAUUGCAGGAUAUUUCUCAACCUUGUAAAUGGCAUGCUUGGAGACAAGAGAAGGGUCUUUACAUUUCCAUGUUUAUCAGCAUUUCUUGAUGAAUAUGAGCUGCAAAUACCAUCAGAUGAAAAACUUGAGGAAUUUUGGAUAGAUUUUAAUCUUGGGAGCCAGACUCUAUCAUUCUACAUUGCUGGAGAUAAUGAUGAUCAUCAGUGGGAAGCAGUCACUGUGCCUGAAGAAGAAGUACAAAUAUACAGCAUUGAAGUGAAAGAAUCAAAGAAGCUACUGGCUGUAAUUCUGAAAAAUAUGAUAAAAAUUAGUCAAAGAGAAGGGAAGGAAUUGUUUUUGUAUUUUGAUGCAUCAUUAGAAAUCACUAAUGUGACACAGAAAAUUUUUGGUGCAAAUAAAUAUAGGGAAUUUGCCAGAAAACAAAGUAUUUCAGUUGCCAAAACAUCUGUGCAUAUCCUUUUUGAUGCAAGUGGAUCACAGAUUCUAGUUCCAGAAAGUCAAAGCUCACCAGUUGAAGAAGAACUCAUGAGUUUGAAAGAAAAACCUAACCCCCAAAAGGAAUUUGCUAAACCUCCAAAAUAUAUCAAAAACAGUAAGCAAGGGGACAGAAAAAACACUCAACUUGAGAUAAUUACUCCUAGCAAAAGAAAAAUGUCUGAAGCAUCAAUGAUUGUCCCUGGUGCAGACAGAUACACUGUGAGGAGUCCAGUACUUCUAAUCAACACGUCAACCCCGCAAAGACGAAGAACUAAACCACCACUACAAAUGAUGAGCUCUGCAGAAAAACCUGGUGUGUCUAAAACACUGGAAAAUGGAGUGGAUAAUGGUGUAUCACUUAAAUCUAGACCAUCUGAAGGAAUAAAUAGAGGCCAUAAUACAGACAAACAUAUCAAAACUGCUAAAGUUAUAGAAAAGACAGAAAAUAAGGACACUUCAUUCCUAAAUCAAAAUUUUAAUGAACAGGAUAUUGUUCCUGAUUUGCAAGCAGUGGAAAAAAUAGAUAAACCUGUGUUUCCUGGUGUUUUAGACAACAUCUGUGGAAAUAAAAUGCACUCCAAAAGGGCAUGUUGGACACCUGUAACAAAUAUUAAUUUGUGUAAUAAACAAAGAGCAAAUACUUCAUCAGGAGACAUGCUUAAUCAAGAUACUGUUACCAAUAAAAAAUGUACUAAACAAAAAUCAUCCUCUUCAAUAUCUGAUGAUAAUUCUGAGGAAAUAGGAAAGUUGCAAUAUGAGAAAGAAAUAAUGCAGCAUAACAAAACAGAUAAAGCAGAAGAAGAAGUUUGCAAAGGAAACAAUCAACAACUAAGUCAUCCUGAACAUUCGGAGCAGAAAAACAUGGAAAGUACCAAGCAGAGUGAUUGGCAUGUUGAAUCUGAUACUACUUUUAAAUCAGUUCUCCUAAAUAAAAGAGUUGAAGAAUCUCUGAUCUAUAGUCAGAAAUGUAUAUUAUCAAAAGAUAUGAAUACUGCUAUUUGUGAUAAAAGCCCUUCUCCUAGAAAAAAUGCAAAAAGUCCUAGAAAAUCAGGGAAAAGGUUGACAUCUGAACUUAAAUCCUGGGAUUUGAAACCAAAAAAAACGAGAGAAAAAUCAAAAGGGAAAGGAUUUGCUGAUGCAGCAGAUUCCUUGAUAAGCCAAAUCAAUAAGAGAUACAAACCAAAGGAUGGCAUAAAGUCUACAAGAAAAUUAAAAGAGUCUUUGAUUGACGGUGGUUUUUCAAACAAAUCUGAUCUACAGUUCAAUAAGGAGAAGGUUCAGAUAAAAAGUUACAGAAAACUGAAGACUACUUUUGUUAACGUUACUUCUAAAUGCCCAUUGAAUGAUGUUUACAAUUUUAAUUUGAAUGGAGCUGACGAGCCUGUUAUAAAACUUGGAAUCCAAGAAUUUCAAGCUACAGCUACAGAAGCCUGUGUGGACAAUUCAAUAAAACUGGUAGGCUUAAGGAAUCAUGAUGAACUUGAACCAUCUUUCAAAACAAAAAAUAAAAGAAGUGUAACAAAUCAUGAAAAGAAAAAUGUCCUUAGUGAUUCUGACACAGAGUGCAGAUAUGAUGACAGCAAGACUGAUAUUAGCUGGCUAAGAGAACCGAAAUCAAAACCACAGCUGAUAGACUACAGCAGAAAUAAAAAUGUGAAGAAACAUAAAAUUGGGAAAUCAAGACCAUCUUUGGAAAAGGGACAACCAAGAUCUAAAUCGGCUCCCAAAAGGAACAUCACCAAAAAGGCAGAUGAGAUAGUUCCAGAUGGGAGAACCAGACUUCCACGAAGAGUGGCAAAAACCAGAAAAAAUUAUAAAGAUCUCUCCAAUUCAGAAUCAGAGAGUGAACAGGAAUUUUCAAAUUCAUUUAAAGAGAAAUUGCCAGUAAAGGAGGAGAAUAUCCAUUCCAGAAGCAAAACCAGGAAGUCGUCAAAGAAACAGCAGAAUGCCUUCUCUGUCGAAACAAAAAAGGAUAUAUUAAAAGAAUGGAAAAACUCAUCUCUACUAAAAGAUACUAUAAGAGAUAAUACCCUUGAGUUAUCUCCUAUAUCCUUAUCUGGGAGUCCAUCAUUUAUAGAAGUAAUGAGAUGCAAUAUAGGUAAUGAGAAAAUAACAGAAAGGGAUUUUAUUCCGGAUUAUGAUGGUAUAUUGAAAUCAAUAUCUCCUUACCCAAAAACUUCAUCACCUGAGUCCUUAAAAAGUAAAUACAGAGUUGGAGGCCCAAUGAAGUCACUCAAAAAAAAUGAAAAAAAUUUACUGUGUGCAAGACAAAGUUGCUCACGAUCAUUCUUUUUGGAAAGUCACUCAGCAUCUUCAUUAUCUUCAUCUAGUGAAGGAGGAGAGAAAAUAUGGUGUGACUCUACUCAUGUAUCAGGCCCCACACAACAUCUUAGUCGUAAACGAAUGUACAUAGAAGAUGAUCUAAGUAAUUUUGAUGAAGUAGAAUUCGAAGAAGAAGGGGGAGCUUAUUUGUUCCCCCCAAAACAGCCUAAAACCGGAGAUGCCGACCACCGCCCUUACAGAGUGUCUGGAAGUAUAUCUCCAUUAUCAACAAGUGACUUUUCUAUUCCUGGGGAGAACUUGGAACCUGAAAUUUCAAAUGAAGGGAUAUCUGAGAUGCUCAAUACAGAGCUUAAGAAGAAAGCACAUAUCCGCAAAAAAAUGAUGGAUUAUUUUACUAAGCAGUCUUGGAGAACAGCUCAACAGCACCUGAAAACAAUAAACCAUCAGAUCCAGGAGUGCAGGAUCAAAAAACUUGAUAGAUUCCAAUUCAUCAUUAAAGAAGAGCUGGAGAAUUUUGAAAAAGAGUCACAAUCUUUAAAAGAUUUGGAGAAGGAAUUUGUGGACUUUUGGGAAAAGACGUUUCAGAAGUUUGGUACCUAUCAAAAAAAUGAACAGCAGAGGCUUCACCUUUUGAAAGCUUCAUUGGACAGAAAUGUCUUCUACAACACCAACUAUGAAGACACUAUGUUUAUAUCUGAGAUGUGUUUGAUGAAAGAAAACAUGAAAAUGCUGCAAGAAAGGCUUCUUGAGGAAAUGCAAGAAGAGGAGCUUCUUAAUGUACUCGGAGGACUGAUGUCAUUAUUCAUGGCUCAUGAAAGAAGUGUUAAUAUAUGAUAACUAAGUUGUGUAUAAUGCAGGAAAUACCAGAGUAGCCCCACAAACAAAAAUAGACAUGUCACCCAGGCAACAGUACCUUGGUAGGAACUCCCAAAUUCAAAGCAAUGUCCUGAGAAAGAACCAAUGUAACAUGAGUCCAAACCCAAAAGACUUUUGCCUGUAUAACACAUUUUUUAGGGAGAAAGUUUCUGGGAAACCAAAUAGUAAAAGGAACUGGCUUGUUGUGUGGUAAUGUUUGCAUUAGACAAGUCUUAGUGAAGUGUAGGUUCCUUUCAAUAAGAUAAAAUUUAUAUAAAAUUAUUUUUAAAUGAAUACACUUUGGAGUAAGUCAUUAAUAUAUCUGUUUGUUUACUAGUUCAGAAUAUUCUACAGGUAAUAAAAAUUAAGCCAUGCUUAGAAGGAGAAGUCUGAAUUAAAAUGUUUACCUGACUGUUAACUGGCAUUUGGAGAACAUUGUUGUGGAGUAUAUUUACCCAGUUAUGGCUCCAGUAGCCUAACAUAGUUACUAUAUUCUUAAACAUUUUAAUGCUAGGUAGAAGUUUUAUUAACUCAUAAGCAGGCUGUUUUAACAAAUACUUUUUAAGCUCCUUGUCUUUAAUAAUAUUUUCUAGUAUUUGCUAGAAUCAUUGAUGAAUACAUAUUCAAUCUGCCAUAAACGUAUAUAUAUAUUUUUUUCAAAAGAUACUAACAAUGUAUUUUGUAAAAUUUAUCAUGCAUUAUUCAUUAAAAAGCCUUACUAAUC